GGACUGGGGGGAGGCGCGGGUGUGUCCUGGUACCAAGUGUCCGUCCAGCCACAGGGAUGCAGGGAGAGGUCCUCUGAGGCAGGAGAGCUGGAGGCUCCAAGCACCCGUGGGUGUGUAGGGGCUGGAGGAGGGCUGUCAGGCCAGGUUAUUGAUCCGAGAUCCCUGGUUCUGCCCGCAGUGACCACAGCCCUCCCGAAGCCGCCUGCCCGGCCUCCCCACGCGGGCUGCGGACCUGGCGGGGCCCCUGGGCACGCCAUGCGCAGCACCACACUCCUGGCUCUGCUGGCGCUGGUCCUGCUCUACCUGGUGUUGGGGGCCCUGGUCUUCCGGGCCCUGGAGCAGCCCCUGGAGCAGCAGGCCCAGAGGAAGCUGGGGGAAGUCCAAGAGAAGUUCCUGCGGACCCACCCAUGUGUGAGCGACGGGGACCUGGGGCUCCUCAUCAAGGAGGUGGCGGAUGCCCUGGGAGGGGGUGCAAACCCUGACAUCAACGCAACCAGUCACAGCAACUACUCAGCCUGGGACCUGAGCGGCGCCUUCUUUUUCUCAGGCACCAUCAUCACCACCAUCGGCUAUGGCAAUGCAGCCCUGCGCUCAGAUGCCGGUCGCACCUUCUCCAUCAUCUAUGCUCUGGUGGGGAUCCCACUGUUCGGGAUCCUGCUGGCAGGGGUCGGGGACCGGCUGGGCUCUGCCCUGCGCCACGGCAUCGGGCACAUUGAAGCUAUCUUCCUGGUGAGCUGCUCCACCCAUUUGUGUCGGGCUCAGGACACCUUUUCUACCGAGAUGACAGGAGCCUCCCACAGGCUCCCGGAGGAAGGGGUGUGGGGUGUGAGAGUGGAGGUUUGGGCGACUCCUGGGUCCUACCUAUUGCCCUCCCUGCAGAAGUGGCACGUGCCCAAGGAGCUGGUGCGAAUCUUGUCGGCGUUUCUCUUCCUGGUGAUUGGCUGCCUGCUCUUUGUCAUCACCCCCAUGUUCGUGUUCUGCUACACGGAGGGCUGGAGCAAGCUCGAGGCCAUAUACUUCGUGGUGGUGACGCUCACCACCGUGGGGUUCGGGGACUAUGUGGCCGGCGCCAACCCCAACCAGACCCACGCAGCCUAUCAGCCGCUGGUGUGGUUCUGGAUCCUGCUCGGCCUGGCCUACUUCGCCUCGGUGCUCACCACCAUCGGGAACUGGCUGCGGGUGGUGUUCCGCCGCACGCGCGCAGAGAUGGGCGGCUUCACGGCUCAUGCCGCCAGCUGGACCGGCACGGUGACGGCGCGGGUGACCCAGCGAGGCGGGUCCGUGGCGCUGCCGCCGCAGGAGAAGGAGCGGCCGCUCUCGCCCCCGGCCCCCGCGCCCCCGGAGAAGGCCUCCCCGCCCUCCCCGCCCUCCCCGCCCUCCCCGCCCACGGCCUCCGCGCCCUCGGCCUCCGCGCUGGAUUACCCCAGCGAGAACCUGGCCUUCAUCGACGAGUCCUCGGACACGCAGAGCGAGCGCGGCUGCGUGGUGCCCCGCGCGCCCCGGGGUCGCCGCCGCGCCCCGCACCCCGCCAGGAAGCCCGCGCGGCCCCGCGGCCCCGGGCGCCUCCGGGACAAAGACGUGCCCGUGUAGGGCAGGAGCGCCGGCCCCAGAGGCUGCGUUCUGGCUCGUCCCCUGCAUGCGUUGCCUGGUUGAUCGAAGCGCCUGUGCGACCUGCCUGCAGCCUGGGGGCAGGCCAGGUGGCGUGCCUGGCACCCCGGCUCCUGGCCCCUCCUCCCUCCGUUCAUCUCCAGCCCCCAAGGGUCCCCGCCUCCUGUCCGGGCCGGACCGUCCCCCACGCCUCCCAGCUGAGCCUCAGAGCCCGCAUCAAUAAAGGAAAAAGUCCACCGCUGCGGGCGGCGCGCUCCCAGGGCGCGAGUGCUGGCGUCGGGGCGCUCCCUGGCGAGUCAGGCUUCCGUGACUCUCGGCACCCACGUCGGGUCGGGCAGGGAGCGGCACCCUCCGCCGUGAUCGGCCCGCGUCGCUGCGUGGAGGCCAGCAAACAGGGGCGCGUUACGGAACCUGCCAGAUGGGCUGUGCGUCUCCAACGCCAGCGCAGCCUUAGGGGUGCGGGGGUGGGUAGGGGGAGAAAUAAUUGUGUCAAGUGUGGGGGGCUGCAGCUUGACCACUUCCUGCACGAGACCCUCCUCGCCAUUCCAGAACGCGACCCCGCCCCUCCCCCUUCCCGGAGCGCAACCCUCCCCCCGCCCCCCGCCAUCCGCGAGGCCUGUGGCGACUGGGUCCGUUGGGGCAGAACCAUGGAGGAAAAGCCUCUCAAAGUAAGAACUCUUCCUGGGCCCCUCAUCCUGUCAGCCCCCAGACUCAUUCAACGUGGGCCCUGGCUGUCCUCUCACGCCCCCCACCCCCCAGCUCCCAACAGACCCCACGUGGCUGCCCCAGCCUGCUUUUCUCCCUCCCCAACUCCCCGCGACCCUCGGCUUUCCUUGUUUGUUUGUUUUUUUUUCUUUUUAAUUGAUUUUAUUGGGGUGAUAUUGGUUAAUAAAAGUAUAUAGAUUUCAGGUGUACAAUUCUAUAAUACAGGAUCUGUACGCCUGAAACCUGUAUACUUGUAUUAAGUCUCCUUCCAUCACCGUUUGUCCCUCCUAUACCCUCUCCUACUGCCUCCGCCCCUUUCCCGCUGGUAAUCACCAGACUGUUGUAGGUGUCUAUGAGUUUUGUUGUUGUUGUUGCUUUUGCUUAAUCCUUCACCUUUUUCACCCAGCCCUGAGCUCCCCCCCCCCCCCGCCCGCCCCAGCUGUCAGUCUGUUCUCUAUGAAUCAAUCUGUAUUUUGUUUAUUAGUUUAUUUUGUUUAUUAGAUUACACAUAUGAAUGAAAUCAUAUGGUGCUUGUCUUUCUCUGACUGGCUUAUUUCAUUUAGCAUAAUGCUCUCCAGGUUGAUCCAUGCUGUGGCUAAUGGUAAGAUUCCCUCCCCCUUUUUAACGGCCAAGUAGUAUUCCAUUGUGUACAUGUACCACAGCUUUUUUAUCCCCUCAUACGUGCUGCUUCCAAACCCUGGCUAUUGUAAAUAACGCUGCAAUGAACAUAGGGGUGCAUAUAUUCUUUCGAAGUAGUGUUUUGGGUUUAUUUGGAUAUAUUCCAAGAAGUGGAAUUGCUGGGUCAUAAGGUAGCUCCAUUGCUAAUUUUUGGAGGUAAUUCCAUAAUGUUUUCCACAGUGGCUGCACCAAUCUGCAUUCCCACCAACAGUGCACGAGGGUUCCCUCUUCUCCACAUCCUCACCAACACGCCAACACUCAUUGUUUGUUGAUUUCUUGAUGAUAGCCAUUCUGACAGGUGU